GAAUCCUCUCCCUGCUACCUGUUGACUGUAAGGAUCAUCCGGAUGAGAAAUCUCCAACGAGUGGAUGUCUUAAGCCAGGCUGAUUGCUACGUGUCAUUGUGGCUGCCAACUGCAACAUGUGAAAAAUCACGCACUAAAACUGUGAGAAAUUCCAACAAUCCAGUGUGGAAUGAAACCUUCUACUUCAGAAUCCAGAGUCAGGUCAAGAACGUGCUGGAGCUGACAGUGUAUGAUGAGGAUUUUGCUACUCCAGAUGACCAUCUUCUCUGUGCGCUCUUUGAUACUGCUAAACUUCCAAUUGAAAGAACAGUGCUCCUGUAUUUUAAGCCUAGCCCAAAUGCCAAGGAGGAGCUAGAGGUUGAAUUCAAAUUGGAAGAUGCUUCUGGUCCUCAUGAAGCCAUUGCUACCAAUGGAGUGCUGGUGUGUCGUGAACUUUGCUGCUUGGAAGUUGAAGUGGCAGAGAAGACAAAGCAAAAAUCAAAGAAAGCACUUUCCCUCACUGUGAAGGGCUCCUUUGAGGGGACACAGGAUGUCACACUGGGCCCCAAUGGAGUGGUCAGCCCAUUGUGUCCCAUCAAGUUCCACUACAUCAAGUAUGCAGAGCCAACGCUGGAUGUCAUGUUACCAAAGAAGAGGCGCUACCACCCUGAGAAAAGAUUUGAUUUGAAUGUGAAAGCGCAAACCUGUAAUUGUUCAUGCCACCAAGACCUGGACAUGCGCUUUGGGUUUGACUUAUGUUCAGAAGAGAGGGCUUUCCUGGGGAAAAGAAAGAAAUAUGUAGCAAGUGCCCUCAAAAAUGUUUUUCACCUACCACAGGAUCUGCAGGAUCAAGAAGUCCCUGUUGUGGCUAUCAUCACAACAGGCGGAGGACUGAAGUCAAUGACAGGAUUGUACGGCAGUCUCAUGGGACUCAAGAAAUUAAAUCUCCUGGACUGUGUAACAUACAUCAGUGGGCUGUCCGGUACCACGUGGACCAUGGCCAACUUAUACAGAGAUGCCUACUGGUCACAGAAGGACCUGGAAUCGCAUAUUGGUGAAGCCCAGAAACAAGCGACGAAAUGCAAGAUGGGCUGUUUCUCUAUGGAUCGCAUGAAGUACUACAACAAGCAGCUUUGUCAGCGGAAAGAAGAGGGAUACAGGACAUCAUUCAUAGAUCUUUGGGGGCUCAUGAUUGAGUAUUUACUAAAUGAUGGGAAAGACUCCCACAAGCUUUCAGAGCAACAAGAAGCACUGUGUGAUGGUCAGAACCCACUGCCCAUCUAUGUGUCAGUCAGCGUACGGGACAGUUACAGCACUAAUGAUUUCAAAGAGUGGGUGGAGUUCACCCCCUACGAGGUGGGACUCCUGAAGUACGGCGCAUUCAUUCGCACGGAGCAUUUCGGAAGUGAGUUCUUCAUGGGACGCUUGUUAAAAAGGCUCCCCGAAUCCCGCAUCUGCUACCUUCAAGGUAUGUGGAGCAGUAUAUUUUCUGUGAACUUGUUACAAAUAUGGGGACUGUCUCACAGUUCAGAGGACUUCUGGAAGAGAUGGACACAAGACAAAAUAGAAGAAGUUGAUGAAGACCCAGUGUUGCCCACAAGACCCCAUGAACUGAGGACUCGCAUGUACACUCCUCCUGGCCCUCUGUCCAGUGCACUUCGGGGUGCGCUGACUGAUCGCUUCUCUGUUGCCCAGCACCACAAUUUCCUGAAGGGCUACCAGCUGCAUAACAACUACCUGGAGAAUGAGCACUUCUGUCGAUGGAAAGACACUGUAUUAGACUCACGACCCAACCAGCUGAUGCAAAAUCCUGAUCACCUGGGCAUGAUAGAUGCUGGAUUUUUCAUCAAUACCAGCAGUGCACCUCUAUUAAGGCCACAGAGAGGAGUGGAUGUCAUCAUAUAUCUAAGUUAUACUACUGGAUCACAUACAUCGUCUCUAGAGAAGGCGUGUAAAUACUGCUCAGAGCAGAAAAUCCCAUUCCCAAAAAUUUCUUUGACUGAUGAAGAUAAGAAAAAUCUGAAGGAGUGCUACCUCUUCCAUGAUUCAGAUUUGCCAGGAUGUCCAAUCGUCAUUUUUCUUCCCCUUGUGAAUGACACCUUUCGAGAGUACAAAGCACCUGGUGUCAAGCGCUGUUGCUCAGAGAUGGAGGGAGGACAACUUGAUUUGACCAGCCGCUGUUCUCCCUACUGUAUGUUUUCAGUCAGGUACACUGAUGAGAAUUAC